CACCACCUCUAAACAUGAAGCCAAAGUCAUCCAAUCGUAAAUCGGAAAACACUUUCCGGUUCCUCACCUUUUCGGAGCGUUUAUCAAAUGUAAACAUUGAUAUAAUCCACCGGAUUGAUCGAACUGGGAGCUACAAUGAGGAAGUGGAAACCUACUUUUAUGAAGGACUGAAUAAAUGGAGGGAUUUGAACUGCACAGGACAUUUUGUGACAUUUUACAAGGAAGUGUAUGGAAAAUCGCAGUCAUUCAAUCAGCUGGUAUAUUAUCAGAAUGGAUUGGUGGAAAGCCUGAAAAGUCAUCUUCAAAUCAAGGGCAGUCUGGCGUAUCAACCUUUGCUUGACCUUGUGGUGCAACUGGCUAGAGAUCUGCAAACAGAUUUUUAUCCCCACUUUAAAGAUUUCUUUUUAAUCAUUACCUCCUUGCUGGAUACCCAAGACACAGAAUUGUUGGAGUGGGCCUUCACCUGUCUCUCUUACCUGUACAAGUACUUGUGGCGGGUUAUGGUAAAUGACAUCACUGAUAUUUAUAGCUUGUACAGUUCACUCCUGGCCCACAAUAAAGAGCACAUUAGAAAUUUUGCAGCUGAAAGUUUUGCUUUCCUGAUGAGAAAGGUUCCGGAUCACCAUGCACUUUUCAACUGCUUGUUUAUGGAUUUGGAGGAGCAUUCUGAGAAGGCAGAAGGAAUGGGUCGAUUGUUUUUUGAGAUGUGUAAAGGAGUCCGAAAUAUGUUUCACUCAUGUGCAACCAAGGUUUUCCCCAUCAUCUUAAAAAAAAUGGGACCUGUUACAGAGACCAGUGUGGUAUUACCAUGGAUUACUGUGGGAGAAGCAGUUGGACACAUGGCAAAGGCAUCUGCAUCUUACAUCUUCAAGGAACACUUAGGUUUACUAUGGAGCUGUUUGCAAAAUUGUGUUCUGGAAUUGUGUGAAAACUUAAACAAUGAUAAUCUCAGCGAAGGUUCGGAACAAUUAGAGCGAUUGCUGCAGAUCUGCCUUCACCUGCUUGAACAUGGACAGGGAUCUAAGGUUACUGAUCCCGAGAUGUUUUGUGAGAUGUUAAUAAGAAUGUUACAGAAUUCGCAGCUCCCUGCUCCGUGCUGUAAGACCUUGCUGAAAGUAAUUUCAACACUGCUGCUGACUGAGCACAUUUCACUGCCAGAAACACUGAUUGAAGAAACUGCUGGAAAGAUUUUCGAAAGUGGAUUUGAGAGGGUGUUGAUUUUGGAUUUCUCAGAGGAGAUGUUUAGCAUGAAGCAGUUUGAACAGUUAUUGCUGCCCAGCUUACUGGAAUAUAUCGAACAAUGCUUUGCAAUGGAUAAUACAUCUGCUAGGAAAGGCGCACUGGAACUGUUAGUUAAACUGAUUUUGACCAAAGCUGAACCGCCAACUAUUGGAUCAAUGGCAUUUGAAAAGUAUCCCCUCCACUUUACAGGACGGACACAGGAUUCUAACCUGAAGAAUCUGAGGAAUUCAAAUGGAGGACAAGUUACUUUGGUUUUAGAUUAUAUUUUAUCUUUACUUGAUCUGCCUGAAGAUGGGAGUAUGUCCGAUCUUUCAAAUCCUUGGGCUGCCCUCAUCAUUCUUCCUCAUAUCAGACCGAUGAAAACAGAAAAAGUACUGUCCUCUGUUAAAUUGCUUCUAGAUAAUCUGCUGACAUCUAUUGAGAACAGUGGUACUGCAGGCAAAGGAUUGCUGUUGGUAAUCCGUCAAGCAGUCAGCACCCUUUUGAAUCUGACAGAGUCUGAUGAAAUUCUUAGCUUUCUACCUGCUGAGCGUGUAAGAAACUUGGUGAAAAAAUCUCCGUCAGAUAUCUCAGCUCUUCUGUUAGGGGACCUUUAUUACACCCGGCUGGCUGUAUGUGGCUGCAAAGAUUUACUUUCACAAGAGGUUUUGCUUGACUUGUUUAAGGAACUUGAACAAAAUCUUUCUACAAAUGUAUCAAAGGUGCGACUACUUACACUGCGAAUCCUGAAUCAUUUUGAAGUCAAACUUACAAAAAAAGCAGAGGAUGAUAAUGCUGGAGAUUUUCAAUCUGUGUUUGCGAUUUUACUUCAAGCUGAACUUGUCCCUGCAACUGUUCAUGACUACAGAGAGAAAUUGUUACAUCUGCGGAAACUAAGGCAUGAUCUAGUACAGCCAUGUAUACCAGAAGGGCCAUAUCAAGUGGUUCCUCUUUGGUAUUUGAUAGGGAUGCUUUACAUAAAUUUCAGUCCCUUGUGGGAUCCUGUCGUGGAGCUUAUUGUUUCUCAUGCAAAUGAAAUGGAAAAUAAAACAUUCUGGCAAGUAUAUUAUGAACAUUUAGACCGAGCAGCUAUUUUAACAGAGAAUGAACUAAAACAUGAAUUGGGAGAAGAACGAGACAAAAAGCCGAUCCAAGAUAGCGAGAGAUUCCAAUUGGAUAGUUCAACAGGAUUGUUCCAAGAUCAACUGGACUUAGCAAUCAGCUCCAAUGAUAGAACUCAGUUCGACAACUUCCGAUUCCUAUUAUGGAAGGCAAUGGCUGAAUUUCCUAAUAGAGUUGAACCUCGAUCAAGGGAACUCUCUCCUUUGCUUCUGAGAUUUAUUAACAAUGAGUAUUACCCAGCAGAUUUGCUGGCAGCCCCCACUGAGAACAUUAAGAAAAAAAUGCAUGAUGAUGAGAAGAUGGUGACUGCAGAAGAACAGGAGGAUACAUUUACGAAUAACAAUGGCAAUAAGCCAAAAGCUUCUGAAGCAAAGUUUCCUGGAGGAAGGAGGCCGAGGAGGGCUGCUGUAAAACAACUUAUUGUUCAUCUGAAAGUUUUCUCUAAAUUUACCAACCCACAUUCUCUUUACCUGGAACCCAAGUUGAAGGAGUUGUACACUCAGCUUCUGUGCCAUCAAAAUCAGGAUGUGCAGAAAAUUGCCUUGCAGUGUCUCUCCACCUACAAAUACCAUUACCUGGUACCUUAUAGAGAAAACCUUGAGAGACUAUUGGAAGACAAGAGUUUUAAAGAAGAAAUCAUCCAUUUCAGCAUUGCAGAGGAGACUACCAUUGUGAAGGUCUCACACAGACCAGAGCUGAUUCCCAUUAUCAUGAGAAUACUUUAUGGACGUAUGAGGAGUAAAACUGGCGCUAAAACCCAAGGCAAAGCAGCAGCAGGCACACGAAUGUCCAUCGUUCUACAAUUUCUGGCUGGUUCUCUACCGGAGGAGAUGCGAGUGUUCCUGAAUUUACUCUUUGAACCAGUGAAGCAGUUCACUCAGGGGACGUGUCUGCCUGCAGUGUUACGAAUACUGGAGGAUCUGGAUUUAACAAAAAUCCCAUCUCUAGGACGUCAGCAUAGUUUAUUAAAUGGCAUUGAAGUUGUGAUGAAAAAGAUGAGCCAUCUGAUCGGUGAUUAUCUGCCUGAGCUUUUGCAGAUUUUGUUGUGCACAACGGCAUUAGUAUCUCAAAUACUUGAACUGAGAGACCAGAUACAGCCAAGAUGCAUAAACCAGCUGAAACAUUUGAGACGUCUGGGAAUCAAUCAGAUUUGUGCUUUUUUUUCUGAUUUUGAGUUCUACAACUUCACAGUGGAUGAGAUCGAUGCAGUGUUUCAUGGGGUAGUCUGGCCACAGAUCAGCAGGCUUCCCUUUGAAGGCCAGUAUGCACCAACUCCUGUCCUGAAAUUGAUUCAUGUUUGGAGUAAAAAUGCCAGGUAUUUUCCUAUUCUUGCUAAGCAACGAGAAGAUCACCCAGAGGAUGAUAUUCUGGCAAAUGUAUUUGCUUUACUCUCAGCUAAGUACAUAGCAGAACCAACAGCUGCUAUUGUUUUGGAUAUUGUUGAUAAUCUGCUGAGUACACCAGACUUCACAGUCACAGAAAAUGAGAUUAGCUUGACUGUGAACAAUGCUGUGUUUCCAGAAGCUCGAGACAUUGUAGAAGAUUCUCCCAGCAUGGGCACGUGCCUUGUCCUACCGUACAUUUCUAUAAUUUUGCAGUACCUCAAUAAUUUGGUUGGAAACUCUGAGAAGAUGAGGAAGAAAAACUUCAGAGCUCAAGUCAGCAAAAAUCUUAGUAUUCUUUCAAGAAUAAGUAAAUUUGUGCAGGAUAAGGAGCAGAGCUCUGUUCUGAUAAGUCUCUUGCUACCCUAUCUCUUCAAGCCAAACACCCCACAGGACACUGAGAUUGAUAUCCUUAAAACAAUCCGAAACCUCCUGAAGCAGUGCUUGAACCCUUCCAGCUUCCUGAAGCCUUUGUCAACUCUCUUCUCUGUCAUCAAGAACAAACUUUCACGCCAGACACUUUGUGAGGUCUUUGAGACCUUGUCGGAACUGAACAGCAGCUUAACAUACAUUAUUGAAGUUAACACAAAGUUAAAUGCCUUUGAUCGACGACAUCUUGAUGACAUCGACUUUGACCACCGUUUGAUUGCGUUCCAAGCAGCGACUGGUUUUAUCAAAGAGAUGCAAAGUCUGGAUAUGCUCUACCUCAUUCCAAUUAUGCACAACUGCUUUUACUCCAUACAGUUGUGUGAGAUGACUCUGAGCGACAGUGCAACAGUCUGUUUGAUUGCCAUUAUCCAUCAGUUGGCUGCCGUUAACAGUUCAGAAGAUGAAUACAAAGAAAUAAUCAAUCGUAGUCUGCUGGUAACAUUAAGAAGAUGCCUGAAAUCAAAGACUGAGAGUGUUCGGCACGAAUACACGACUCUUCUUUCCUCGUUGAUCGCUACAUUCCCACAGAAGCCAGAGUUCCAGGAUUUAGUUCAGCUAACUGAUAAGGAUCAAGAAAUGGAUUUCUUUGAGAAUAUGAAACACAUACAGGUUCACAGAAGAGCUCGUGCAUUGAGAAAACUAGCCAAGCAGCUUGAUGAGGACAAAAUCACUCUAUCCUCCAAAUCGCUGGUAAACUACAUCAUGCCAUAUGCAACCUCAACUCUGUUUGACGAAAAAAUGCUUACGUUUGAAAACAUGACUACCUCUUCGGUGGAAAUUGUUGGAGCUAUCUGCAAGCAUCUCACAUGGUCUCCAUACAUUUAUUAUCUGAAAUAUUACAUCCACGUACUGCAUACUGGACAAAUCAAUCAGAAGCUAUCGGUCAGCUUGUUGCUCUCUGUAUUGGAAGCUUUUCAUUUUGACCAAGAAACCUUGCAGAAAGAGCUUGAUGUAAUUCAGACACUAGAAAAUGCAGAUGCUAUGAAAGCAGAUGAAGGAGAGGUUGAAGCUAUGGAUUUGGAAGACAGUGUUAUAGACAUUGAUGAAGAGAAGGAAGACUGUGCAGAACGUAUAGAGAAACCACAUGAGGAUAUGACUGUUGUAGAAGAUUCACAGACAAAUGAAGCUAACGGAUCCGUUUCCUCUCAGAAAAAGUCCCAAAUUGAACACAUUCAGGAGACAGUUACUAACAGCAUAUUGCCAAAGCUGCACAAGUGCUUAAUUGCAAAGGUCCAAAGAGAAGAGCAACACAAGUUGGUGAAAUCCAAAAUUGUGAAUGAUGAAGAAUUGAUUCGUAUUCCUCUGGCUUUUGCUAUGGUUAAGUUGAUGCAGGCACUUCCCAAGGAAGUUAUGGAGGGCAAUUUACCCAGUAUUCUCAUGAAAGUAUGCAUUCUGUUGAGAAACCGUGCACAGGAGAUGCGUGAAGCUGCUCGCAAAACACUCACCAAAAUAAUUGAGACGUUGGGACCGAAAUACCUUUUGUACCUUCUUAAGGAGAUGCAGUCAAUUCUAACUCAUGGCUACCAGGUCCAUGUUCUGACAUACACUAUCAACAUGUUGUUAAAGGCUCUCAUAACAAAACUUGAAAGUGGAGAUUUGGACUCUUGUAUGGAGAUUCUAAUUAAGAUUUUUAACCAUGAGCUGUUUGGACAAGUUGCUGAAGAAAAGGAAGUGAAGGGGAUCGUGUCCAAAGUGAUGGAAGCCAGGAGCAGUAAAAGCUUUGAAUCCUAUGAGAUCCUGGCUCAAUUUGUGGGAAAGGCCCGAGUCACUCAGUUGAUUCUGCCAUUGAAAGAGUUAUUGGAGGUUACAACAAGUCUUAAGCAAGCUCGUAAGAUCCAUGAGACUUUCAGACGAAUUGUGUCUGGUUUGUUGGUGAACAAAGAAAUGACAGCAGAGUCCAUCCUUUUACUGAGCAAUGGUCUGGUCACUGAAAGCUUACCACUACUGAUAAAGAAGACAAAGCCUGCAUUCAAAGCAUCUAAAAAAACAUUAAGGCCGCAUAGCUGCCUUUUAUUAUCACCAACACCCACAAGAGGAGGAGCGAAACCUGCUGUUAGCACAAGGACUAACACGAACAUCUUAGUUGACACUGGUCUGAGGUUGUUACAUUUGAGUUUAAAGGCAUCGAAAGUGAACUCUUCAGAUGAAAAAGUUUUGGAAAUGCUUGAUCCUUUUAUAGAGCUGCUGUUAGAUUGCCUCCAAUCUAUGCACGUAAAGGUGAUCACAAGUGCCUUGCAAUGUCUCAUCUGGGUGCUGAAAUUUCCCCUGCCCUCCAUAAAGAUUCAUAUUGAGCAGAUGAUCAAACAGCUAUUUGUAUUGUUGAAGGACUAUGCCAGGGCUGGAGCAGCAAAAGGAGAGAACUUUAAUCUGGUCGUUAACUGUUUCAAAUCGAUAACCAUUCUGGUAAGAAAUGUGAAACAGCACAGAAUUACGGAUAAACAGUUGCAAGUUCUGUUGGGAUUUGCUGAAGAAGAUAUUUAUGAUUCAUCACGUCGGGCAACUGCAUUUGGACUUUUGAAGGCUAUCGUGUCAAGGAAGCUAAUUGUUCCAGAGAUGAAUGAUGUUAUGCAGAAAGUGGGCACUUUUGCUAUUACAGGUCUGAGUGAAUCAGUUAGAGUCCAGUGUCGUCAGGUGUUUCUCAAAUUCAUUCUGGAUUAUCCUCUGGGAAAAAAAUUGAAGGUCCACCUUGAGUUUAUUGUGGCACAGCUUUCCUAUGAACACGAAAUGGGAAGAGAAUCUGCCCUGGAAAUGCUGUCUUACAUCAUCCAGUCUUUUCCUCAGGGUCUGCUUCACCAGCAUUGUGGCCUUUUGUUUGUGCCUCUUGCACUGAUGUUCAUGAAUGACGAUUCACCAAAAUGUAAGAAAAUGGCAUCUCUUACAAUUCAGUCACUGCUGAACAAAGUCAGUACGCAGAACCAAGAUUUGCUGUUUUCUUUAGUCUUGUCAUGGUUCAAAAGUAAAAAGUCCUCUCAUCGCCGCUUAGCUGCACAGAUUUGCGGCCUGUUUGCUGAAGCAGAAGGAAUUGGAUUUGAGAAGCGUCUUGAGAGAGUUCUUCCAAUUAUUGAAACUCAAAUUAAUCCGGUUCGAUUUGAAAAUUUUCAGGAGGGAACAAAAGAGAAAGCUGCAGACCGACUGCUGUUCAGCUUCUUGACUCUGGUUAUGAAGCUUGCAAAGGAAUGCAACUUCAUCAAUCUGCGCAAAUCACGCACCAUUCUAACCAAUAUAUGGAGUCAUAUUCAGAGUCACCUUCGGUAUCCCCAUUCCUGGGUUUGGUCAACGUCCUCCCAGCUCUUUGGCAUGCUGUUUGCCUUCCAUACGCCUGAGCAGCUGGUGGCCAAGUGGAACUCCAAUAAAAUUAAUUCAUCAGAACUACCAGCAACACGUUUUUUGAUAGAAGACCUAGAUAAAAAGAUGAAAGAUUUGUUUUUUGCGUUUCAUCAUCAGCUGCAGUCACAAUUCCUCGAUCAGACUCUUGGUGAACAGGUUGUCAAAAAUUUGCUGUUUAUUGCCAAAGUUAUCCACCUCUUGGCACCUCCUGAUGGGGAUGAUAUGGAGCAGGAAGAGGGCACUGAGGAAAUUGAGGAUGAUCAAGAAACUGAGAAGGCAGAUGAGGAGACAGCUGAAGACAAAGACACAAAAGAGGGUGAAGAGAAGAAAGCUACUCUUAUAUGGGUUAUGGAGAAACUCUGCAAACUUGCAAAAAAAGAAGCAGCUUAUACACCAAAAAUUACUUUGAAGAGAAUCUGUGUCUUUAAAUUUCUUGGAGCUAUUGCAGUGGAUCUUGGAAAUGAAAAAGUGAUCCCGUAUCUUCGCACGAUUAUUGCACCUCUUUACAGAGAGUUAAACAGUACUUAUUCAGAUCAAGAUCCGACACUGAAGAAUCUUUCACAGGAAAUCAUUGAGCUGCUCAAGAAGUCGGUUGGGCUGGAAACUUUCUCACUGAGUUUUGCUGCUGUGCAGAAACAGGCGAACCAGAAGAGAGCAUUGAGGAAAACACAGAAAGCCUUGCAGACUGUGGCAAACCCGGAUAUUGCUGCAAGGAAGAAACUAAAGAAACACAGACACAAAAUGGAAGCAAAGAAAAGGAAAAUUGAAUUCUUGCGUCCAGGGAACAAGGCUAAAAGGGCCAGAGUGACCACGUUAAAGAGUUUGGCCAUGGUAGAAUAAAAUGUAAAGAUUUUUUUAACACAGAAUUUGUACAUUAAAUGUGUACAUAAAUAUUGGAUUAUUACUUCUGAGGCUGCUAUUGCAUUUUAAUCUAUUGAGCUCACUUGUCAACAGUGAAUUUAUAGACCAGCAUAGGAGUAUUUGAUAUGAGGUACAGUUUAAUGUACAGAUAUUUUAGGAACGUUUAUCAAUAAAAUCUUCUUUGAAAGAAAGAAUCGUUUAUGAACACAGUUUGUGUUUUGUAAACCUUUUGGUGGUGGGAGAGGAGUAGGGGUGUCAUUGAUAGCUUUACUCAACGGCAAGAUCACUGCUGUAAUAUUGAAUGGUAGUUGCAUAAACCAGUUUGGUUUGGGAGUUUUAAGGCUAUUGAACAGCAACAUACCUUUAUUAUUACUAUUAAUGUAUCCUUUAUUUUAUGUAACACAUUUUUUGAAA